AUAUGUUUUUUGUUGUCAAAGUCAAAAGUCAAUCAUGUGUUUUGCGGUUUAAAUUUAAUGUGAAUUUGGUGAAUCAAUGUUUGGGUUUGUGCUACAGGUAGUGGAGAUAAUUUAUUUUAUUGAAAAUGGUAUGCCAUAGACUUUUUUUAUUGCACAUUCCAAUUUAAGGAAGGUUUGAAAGACUACUGAAAAUUUGAAUAAUGUUUAUAAUUCGAUGGCUUAUUUUUAUUAUUGUUUAUCAUCCAAAAUUUCUUGUAACUUUUAUUGGACUCAUAUCAACUACCUGCCUCAUUUUAACACUCUUUUUAAAAUCGAUCCCGGAUUUCAAAGAACCACAACUGGGUUUUAGUACAAGAGGAACAUCUAUUGCCAAUCGUCUAAUAGCUUGGCAAAAUAUAAUAAAGUCUAUUGACCCUGCUGGGCCUUACACAAAAAAUCCAAAAGAAUAUAGGUUAAUGAAACAGAGAGAACAGCAGACUAUUGGCAAAUCACUUAGGCCAUUCAACAGCUCAAAUUCCACAAGAAAAUCUGGAACAAACCGCAAGGGCAAGAAAGUUAUUUAUGGAAAAGAAGUAAAAUUGGCUUCUAAGAAUGACACUAAUUGGAUAGAUAUGGAAAAGUGGCGAAUAUUGAAAUCAAAACAUGUAAAAUCUGCUAAAAAACUGGCUCAACUUCGAGAUGACUUCUUUUGUGGUAGUCCAGAUUCGCAAUAUGCUAAACUUGUGAUUGCUUCAGAGGAUGGCCAUGAUCUUUUCAACGCGGAAGAUCUAAUAAAGUUAUGUCACUUACAGAAGAAACUCACAAAAAUUAAACAUUACAAAGAGCUGUGCGUCCAAGAUAACAACAAGAAACCUUGCAUACCAUGGUCACUUACAAACUAUGUCGCCUACUUCAGCCUAAAAUCGUCCUGUAACAAAAUCAAGCAAAAAGAUGUGGAAUUCGUAAAAACCUAUUUAGCAAAUUGUUCGACAUACUUUCAUUCAUCAGAAUUGGCGAGUGGAUCGGAAGUAGUUCCUCUAGAGUGCCGAUUAUAUGAUUCUGUAUUCAAUGUUUUUAACUACAUCAAUCCUAUUACAUUCCUGCCUGCAAAUGGAACUUCAAACGAUACGAAAGUUAUACACACCAUGGUCUUCCUUCCACUUGCAAGUAGUACAGCUAUUAUGCCAUAUUAUCGGGAACUUAUAAAGUCAGAUUUGACAUAUAAUGGAUUUAAAAUAGUAGCAAUGGAUAUGGGAAUAAAAGAUUCUCUUUUUGACGAAUAUUUAGUGUGGGAUCUCUACUUGGUUUUAGCUGGAGCACUCUUUGUCUUCUGUUGCAUUUGGUUUUACACUGAAUCAUUAAUCCUCACAUUAGUAUCGGCAGUUAUAAUUUUUAUGACAUUGAACAUAGCUUAUUUUGUGUAUGCAGUGGUUUUGGACAUCAAUUUCUUUCCGUUCAUGAAUCUUCUGACAGUUGUAGUUGUUCUAGGAAUUGGAUCUGACGAUGCUUUCAUACUUUGCAAAAUUUGGAAUCUCCAAAAAAUGGAAAACUGUGAUAAUGAAGCUUCUUUGGAACUUAUGAUGAGUACUACAUUUAGGCAUGCAUUAGUCACACUUUUCGUCACAACUUUAACUACUGCAGUUGCAUUUUUAGGUUCUUAUGCUAGUUACGUCACAGCUGUUAGCUGUUUUAGUUUAUUUACUGGGGUGGCUGUAAUAACAAACUUUAUUUUGAUGAUAACAUGGUUUCCUGCAUUUGUAGUGCUUUACGAAAAUUCUAGAUUUUCAAAAAAAUCAUAUACAACCUUCUUAUUCAAAAAGUUAUUCCGAAGAUCAUUGGUCGACAGAUGUAAAUUAAAUCCGAAAGAUUAUAUUACAGUCCAAGAGAACGUCCUAACAGAGUCGAUUAUUCAGCACCGAUAUAUUUGGUUUUUGUUGCUGUUUAUAUUAAUGAUUGCUGGUUUGAUUGUUUUGUUUUUAUACCCAAAAAUAGAGUUUCCAAAUAGCAGUGAAUUUCAACUUUUUAAGAGAUCUCAUCCAUUUGAGCAAUAUGACUUUGUAUAUAAAACGCAAUACUGGUUUGUGACCAAGGAAAUGAUGGAGUACCGAAUGCCUAUGAGAUUUGUCUUCGGAGUGAAGGCUGAAGAUAAUGGUCGCUCAUUGGAUCCAACAGAUUUGGGAACACUAGAGGAAGAUAGUAAAUUUGACAUAACUGCCCCAAGUAUCCAGGUAUGGUUUGUGGAGUUUUGCCGAGAGUUGAGGUCUCAAAAUUUCUAUCAUUUGACGCAGGGUCCUCUUUUACUGAAUUGCUUUUUGGAAACGUUUAUGAACUCGAUGGAUAUAAAAUGCGAGGAUGGAUUUUCUGGUAAAAAUAGGACCCCAUGCUGUAAUGCAUCAAAAUUUCCGUUUGGCAGAGACGUUUUUGAUAAAUGUAUUUUGGAAGAAAUUGCUGAUAUUUAUAAAACUCCUAAUGUGUUUGCUGGUUCAUUUUCAUCAGGGCCAAUAUUUUCUAAAGAUCAGAAUGCAACUAUAAAAGUUGCGGUUGUAGAAUAUGACAGCAAUUUUAUUUAUAGUAUGUCAUUUGACGAUAUGAAUCAUUUUUACCAAGAUGUUACCGAAUGGAUGACAAAGAAAAUGGAAGCUGCUCCAAAAGCUAUUAAAGACGGGUGGUUUAUUAGCGACUUAGGAUUUUAUGAUUUACAAAGAGAGCUUCGGAGAAGCACUGAAGUAGCUGUUGGAAUAUCAUUAGUGCUCGCCCUAGCAGUAUUAUUUUGUUCUACAAGAAGUGUUCUCAUAAGUCUUUAUUCAAUUUUUGCCAUAUCAUCGGCCAUUGUUGUUACGAUGGCGUGUCUAGUUUUAUUAGGCUGGCAAUUGAACGUUCUUGAAUCUACAGCACUUUCUACAGCUAUAGGUUUGACUGUGGAUUUCAGUUUACAUUAUGCAAUCAACUAUCGUCGAUGUCCUAAAGAUGUUAGCAGCGAUAGAAAAGCAGCUACUAGGUAUGCUCUCAAUCACAUGGCUGGACCCUCAUUCAUGGCUGCAGUAACAACUGGAUCCGCCGGAGCAUUCAUGAUACCGUCCAUAGUUCUUCCUUACGUUCAAAUGGGCAUUUUCCUCGCGUUAGUUAUGGUAGUCAGUUGGAUUUAUUCUACGUGCAUGUUGGGAUCCAUGCUUGCUAUUGUGGGUCCUGUAGAAAAUUGUUGCAAGCGUAAUGGUUUUGGAGCUAAUAGGCAUGCUGAAAUAGUUUUGCCAGAACCACUUUGUUUAUCUCAAGAGGAAUUUUUUGAUGAAUCUUAUUCUCAUGAGUUAGAUUCCUUAGCAACAUCUACAAGGCAAGAUACUUCGUAGAUUAAUAUGUGUUUUCGCAAAUACUAACGACAAAUAUAACCUAGUAGUCACGAGAUUUUCGAUAAACCCACUUCAACAACAACUAUCGUUAUGGAAAGUGGUCAUUCAAGAGAUUAAAAAGAUAAGAAUGUGAGUUAGCAGCUCAAAAAUGAAAUCUUUAAAUAAACAAAAAUAUUUCAAUAAAUUUCCAUCUAAGAGGACUAAACGAUGCUAGUAGCUCUAUGUGUGAAUGUCAAUAAAGUACUAAAAAUAUCAUAAUACACUCCCCGCCCAUACGAGGGAAGAAGAAGGAUGAAAAAUAACGUAAACCAAAGAAAAUAUUAAUAAUUUGAGAGCUGUCGUAGGAUUUCAAAUGUAUGGGAUGUGGACCAGUGCAUGGAAAUAAAAAAAUACUAUUUUGUAAUAUAAAUGGCAUUAAAUAUGUAUUUGU